GAGAGGACACUAGGGGAGUAAUGAAUAGGUGACUGUCAGUUACAUCGGAGUUCCGUGUGAUCUACGAACGCUGCAACGUACAAUUAUCAUGUCACGCUCUAUGCUGUUGCUAAUCUUGCUGGGUGUAUUAUUGCUCAAUUGUCAAGAGACACUUGGUAGAAGAGGACGAGGAAGGAGCAGGAGCAAGUCCCGUGUGCAAAUUGGAUUGCCCAUUACCGGAAAGUACCGCGAUCCGGAGAGCGAUCAGUACUACAACAAUAAUAACGGAGCCAAAAUACUUCUGGCGUCGCAUUUUGAUCUAGAGUACGUCUUGGGACACAAAAUAGCUUUCCUCUGCGUCGCUCGUGGCAAUCCACGCCCGCAUGUUACGUGGUUUAAGGAUGGCGCCGAGAUUUAUACACAUCACUAUCUACAUAUACACGAAUGGCAAGUCGGUCCUGACAAAGUGAAAUCGAAACUAGAGAUCGAUCCCGCUACUCAAAUGGACGCGGGGGUCUAUGAGUGCACGGCGGAUAAUAUGUACAGCAUCGAUCGAAGAUCUUUCAAGACUGACUUCUCCAUCGCUUUCGAUUAGUGUGAGCGUACAGGAAAUCGCAAACAAACACGUACAAUUAGAUAAAAAAACAUAUAAAGCCCAGGUAACACGUAAACUUUUUACGAUAGACCCGAAGAAAACGAUUUAGAACAUUGUACGACUCGCAAAAGGAGACGAAAAUUGUCUGAAUCCGGAAUGCGAGAAUUGUUCAUAAUCCUAUCGAAACGCAGCGUUAAAAUCGGCGUCUAUCUAGAAUAAUAAUAAUCAACGCUUCCUUUUCUUCAAGCGUACAUAUUGUAG